GGUGUUUUGUUGUUUGGCGCGUCCCGGAGUCCAUAGUCCGUCGAAGACUCAUUCGCACGCCGAGUCGAUGCACAGUGACGCUUUUCUCGCGCUGUAUUUUUAAUUCUAUCGAAUAUUCAACAAGUUGUGUUUUUCGUUUAGUCGAGUCUACACAGAAUUUCGCCGGUGUGGUGCACAAGAAAAAUAAUAAUAUAAAGAAGCAACUGGACAAAACAUCGAGGUUAAUUAUUCAAUUUCAGUGGAAGGAAUAACGCCGAAAAUUCGAGGGAAAAAAUAUCAAUGGUGUCACUGAGGGAGUUAAACGAGAGGAUACCUCGUCGAGGUAUCCUCGGAGCCCUCAUGUUUUUGGCCUGCAUGUUCUCCUACGUCAUACGAACAAAUUUGUCGAUAACAAUUGUUGCGAUGGUCAGCGCUCCGGGUGGCAAAAGCAAGGAAUCCGACGCUUGUGUGCAUCACGAACAUUCUCACAACUCAACCAUCAACGGGACCAGAAUUUUGCCGGACUACGGAGAACGUUACGAGUGGAAUCAGCACAUCGUAGGAGCUCUAUUAGCGGGAUAUUUCUAUGGAGUUUUACCAGCGAGUAUGCCCGCUGGAAUGCUGGCUGAAAAAUAUGGUGGUGCGAAAGUAGUCGCAUUUGCAACGCUAAUUCCUGCACUGUUGAAUCUUCUGAUGCCAUGGGCUUCGGGAGUGCACUAUGCCUUUGUAUUCGCGCUUCGUUUCGUUAUGGGUUUCUUCGGGGGUGCCGUUUAUCCAGCGUUACACGCGAUGAUCGCGAGAUGGGUGCCGCCCAGCGAAAAGGGCAUGUUCGUUUGGACCAUGCAAGGCGGACCUUUUGGCACUUUCGUCACACUCACACUCUGCGGUUGGGUUAUCAGUAGUUACGGAUGGCAAGCCGCUUAUUAUGUCACCAGUGGGUUAAUGCUCGUUUUUUAUGCCUUGUGGUUCUUCCUCGCCUACGAUACACCCGAUGUGCAUCCGACGAUAACCGACCAGGAAAAGGCGUACAUCAAAGAAAAAAUUGGCACAACUGUGUCCAAACAAAAGCAAAAACUGCCGUUUUUGGCAAUGGCUACUUCGCCCCCAUUCCUCGUCCUUCUUUGGGCUCACUUCGCCAAUAUGUGGGGAAUCUACUUUAUCGCGACUAAUGGCCCAAAAUACACGCUGGAAGUGCUAGGGUUCAAUAUGAAAUCGGGUGGAUUCCUCACGGGCUUACCUUACAUCGCGCGUCUUGGAGCCGGUGUUUUGUUCGCUGCUGCCGGUGAUUACGUGAGGAGAAAUGAAAUACUCACGGUUCGGUGGAUAAGAAAGAUAUUCAUGAUUUUCUCCCAUGUCGGACCAGGAGCUGCUCUGAUAAUCAUGACUUACGUCGGCUGCGAUUCAACGGUCGCCAUAAUAAUGCUCAUCUUAGCGUUAGCUCUGAACGGUGCUGCGUGUCAGACCAGUUUACAAAAUCAUCAGGAUCUGGCGCCAAAUUAUGCCGGAUCCCUUUACGGAAUAAUGAAUACUUUCGGCAGUUUUCCUGGCUUCAUCAUACCGCCGAUUAUCGGCGUACUGACCAACGAAAGGAAUGGUGUUGAGGAAUGGCGCAUUAUGUUUUGGAUUUCGGCAGCAGUGUUUUUCUCUGCAACGGUAUUGUUUUGGCUGUUCGGUUCUGCGGAUAUCCAACCGUGGAACGACUACAGUCAAGCUCAAAAAGUAGCCAACAUAUCUGAAGAGGAGAAGCAGAUGAACGACGUAUCGAGGAAGGAGUCUGCUACCGAGGACGAAGCCGAAGAAAACGAGCGACUUUAAGCCUUUAGAUAGCAAUUUAAAACAAGAAAAAUAUAUACGAGACUUGCUAGAAUUUACAAGUCGUCAAUUAAUAGUUUCUACAAAAGAUUCCUGAAACCCCUGUGGUUUGAAUCGAUUCAAUGAAUCGAUCGUUAGAUUCAGCGAGAUGUUUAUGCUCUCGCGAAAACAGCCGAUUAUUAGAACAAAAAAGAGGCUGGAUAAUUAUAAUUGAGUACAAAAAUAUAAAUCAAUGUCGUAUUCGGUGUUUCGCGAAGAAGAGAAAAGAUUCGUGCGUCUUUAGGGCUGAAGAGUCUUUGCAAGGAUCUUUUCCAUUCCGCAAUUUCGUAGCGCAGGCUCCGAGACAAACUGCAAUGCCAAACAGAUAUUUUUUUGCCAAAAUUUCAUCGUAAAUCAUGCUCUCAUCACCUCGUUCACAUUAUUUUCAACCCUUUGAGUUUGAAGUCUUUUUCGAAUGGAACCUCGUGAAGGGGAUACUACAAAGUUAAGGGGUUGAAGAGAUACAGCAAUACACCUGCAAAAAUCAUCCUUCAAACCGAAUAAAUCGUCAAAACAGAAUGUGCAACUCUGUUCAUCGUGUCAUACUCUCGAGAACCUUGUUGGGAUAACGUCCCUGAAAACUAUGUUUCCGUUUGGAACGAUGCCAAUGAUAAAAAGGUUUUCUCAUCAUUAGUUAUAAAUUUUACUCUAUAACUUUAAGUAUUUAUUAUUAAGUAAUUCAGUCUCACAAACAACAACAAGAACGCACACCAAAAACGACAAAUAGAUUUAUUUUCAUGCAUCAGUUUAUCCUACAGAAUAACAAAGAAUAAGCAAACAAAAACGAGAAAACAUGAGCGAAGAAUUUGUUCGUGGGGAAAAAAAAAACAAACCAAUUUCCUUGGAUUUGUCAUAUUUUUCGAGCUAUUUUACAUUCUGCUACUUUCUCCGAAGAGAAAACUGCUUGAUAAUCUGUACUGAUGUACGACAAGAGGGAAGAACUCUUGCUACUUUUGCAUUUACUUGAGUAGAGCAGAAAGCCCAUAAUUUUUCUAACAAAUUAAAUAAAAAUGAUAUUUUUUCUUCUAUGAAUCACGCAUACGUUAUCGCACUACGUACAACUUUUUAUUGUGACGACGAAUAUGAAUUGUGGAAACAAAUGUAUCUGUGCGUACAUCGACUCGAGAGUUAUUCUGACAAUAAAAAGAAUAUUCCGCUGAUGAA